AUGGGAUACAGGUGGGAAUGGGAAGCAGGGGGAGAUGGGAUUCAGAGAAAAUGGGAAAUUGGGAACAUGGGAAGCAGGGGAGAUGGGAGCAUGGGAAAAUGGGAUACAGGUGGGAAUGGGGAGCAGGGAAAAAUGUGGGGCAGGGAAAAUGGGAUGCAGGGGAAAAUGGGAUACAGGGGAAAAUGGGGAGCAGGGAAAAUGGGAUACAGGAGAGAUGGGAAAGAGGGAAAAUGGGAUUCAGGGAAAGAUGGGAAGGAGAGGAGGUGGGAAAGAGGGAAAAUGGGAUGAAAGGGGAGAUGGGAGCACGGGAAAAUGGGAUGCAGGGAAAAUGGGAUACAGGAGGGAGUGGGAAGCAGGGGGAGAUGGGAUUCAGAGAAAAUGGGAAAUUGGGAAAAUGGGAAGCAGAGGAGAUGGGAGCAUGGGAAAAUGGGAUACAGGUGGGAAUGUGGAGCAGGGAAAAAUGGGGAGCAGGGAAAAACAGAGAGGAAAAGGAGAAGGGAAGCAGGGAAAAUGGGCUGCAGGAAAAAUGGGAUACAAGAGAGAUGGGAAAGAGGGAAAAUGGGAUGCAGGGAAAAGUGGGGAGCUGGAGGAGAUGGGAUACAGGGAAAAUGGGAAGCAGAGGAGAUGGGAUCCAGGGAAAAAUGGGGAGCACAAGGAGAUGGGAUGCAGGGAAAAUGGGAUUCAGGGAAAAUGGGAUGCAGGGAGAAGUGGAGAGCUGGAGGAGAUGGGCUACAGGGGAUACAGGGAAAAUGGGAUGAAAGGGGUUGGUGGGAAACAUGGGAAAAUGGGAUACAGGUGGAGAUGGGAUGCAGGGAGAGAUGGGAAAGAGGAAAAAUGGGAUAAAAGAGAAAUGGGAAACAGGGAAACUGGGAUAAAAGAGAAAUGGGAAACAGGGGAAAUGGGAAACAGGGAAAAUGGGAUACAGGUGGUGAUGGGAUGCAGGGAAAAUGGGAUACAGGUGGUGAUGGGAUGCAGGGAAAAUGGGAUGCAGGGGGAGAUGGGAAGCAGGGAAAAAUGGGAAGUGGGGAAAAUGGGAUUCAGGUGCUGGGUUCUGGGUCCCGGUGCUGGUUCCGGUGUCAGGUGCUGGGUUCUGGAUCCUGGUGCUGGUUCUGGUGUCAGGUGCUGGGUUCUGGGUCCCGGUGCUGGUUCAGGUGUCAGGUGCUGGGUUCUGGGUCCCGGUGCUGGUUCUGGUGUCAGGUGCUGGGUUCUGGGUCCCGGUGCUGGUUCCGGUGUCAGGUGCUGGGUUCUGGAUCCCGGUGCUGGUUCCGGUGUCAGGUGCUGGGUUCUGGAUCCCGGUGCUAGUUCUGGUGUCAGGUGCUGGGUUCUGGAUCCUGGUGCUGGUUCUGGUGUCAGGUGCUGGGUUCUGGGUCCUGGUGCUGGUUCCGGUGUCAGGUGCUGGGUUCUGGGUCCCGGUGCUGGUUCCGGUGUCAGGUGCUGGGUUCUGGGUCCCGGUGCUGGUUCUGGUGUCAGGUGCUGGGUUCUGGGUCCUGGUGCUGGUUCUGGUGCCCAGUCCCGGUGCCAGUCCCCGUUCCGGUGCUGCUGUCAGGUCCUGGGUUUUUGGUCCUGGUGCCAGUGCCAGGUCCUGGUUCCGGGUCCCGCUGUUGCUGUUGGGCGCUGGGUGCUGGUCCCGGUACCAGGUUCCGGUCCUGGUCCCGGUGUCAGGUGCUGUGUUCUGUGUCCCGGUGCCAGUCCCGGUUCUGGCGCCACUGUCGGGUGCCGGUCCCGUGUCCCGGUGCCGGUUCCGGUGUCAGGUCCCACUGCCUGUACCAGUGCCAGUGCCGGGUCCUGGUCCCGUUCCUGGUUCCGGUGCUGCUGUCAGCUGCUCGGUUCUGGGUCCCGGUGCCAGUCCUGGUUCCGGUGCUGCUCUCAGGUGCCGGGUCCGUGUCCUGGUGCCGGUUCCGUGUCCCGGUUCUGGUGCCUCUAUCGGGUGCUGGGUUCUGAGUUCCAGUGCAGGUUCUGGUGCCCGGUCCCGGUGCCAAUCCUGAUUCCGGUGCUGCUGUCAGGUGCUGUGUUCUGGGUCCCAGUGCCGGUUCCGUGUCCUGGUACCGUGUCCCGGUGCCGGUUCCGUGUCCCGGUGCCGGUUCCGGUGUCGGCUCCCGCCGCCGGUCCCUCUGCGCACCCGAGUCGGUCACAGCAGGAAGCGCCGCCGGCGCUCGCUCUGCGCGGGGACAGCGGCGGCGACAGCGGCGACAUCGGGGCCACCCCGGGGGCGACAUCGGGGCCACCCCGGGGGCGACAUCGGGGCCACCCCGGGGAGGUGGGGGCGACAGCGGCGACAGCGGGGCCACCACUCCGGGCAAUUUUGGAACCCGGGGUGGACGGGGGGAGACGACGACGACGACGACACCUCGAAGUUGUCACCCGAGGUGCCACCCCCGGGGACUUGGCGACAGCGCCCUGCGGCGGGGAGGCGACAGCGGGCGGGGACGCAGCCGAACUUCACCGCGAGCCACCGGGGCGACUUCCUGGUGCCGGGAGGUGGCCCCGGGCCCCGCGGGGACUUUGCCGGUGGCACCGUGGCCGGGAGGCGACAGGAGGUGGCACCGGGAGACACGAGGGGACACGGGGUGAGGAGGGGGGCGGGGAGGGGACGUUGGUGGCAGCGCCGGGCCCGGUUUCGUUUCCUCCGUGUCCCCGCGGUUGCGUCACGGGGAGCGCGGGGAUGUGUCCCCAAGGCGGAGGGGAGGUGACAGGGCGACAAGGGGGUGGCGAUGUCACCAGGGACAAUUUUCCAGGUCUGGAAAGGGGAAGGAUUUGGGAUGGGAAGGUCUGGACGGGGUUGGAUGGGAAGGACGGGGUUGUCCCUCGUGUCCUUGUGGGGUUUGAGGGGACACUGGUGUCCCUCGGUGUCCCCAGAUGUCCCUCGAUGUCCCCAGCUCUGGCCACGAGGGUGCUGCUGGGAAUUCCCCUUGGGAUAUUCCAUGGGCUGCUCCCUGCAUCCCAUUCCCAGCCAUGGGGACGGGAUGGGGACAGGCUGGGGACAUCCAGCCCUGCUGUCCCCGUGCCACCCCCGCGGGAAUGGGGCCGUGAAUGAGGAAAAAUUGGGGGGGAAAAAGAAACCCCAUAAAUGGAAUAUUUCUGUCCCUAAAAAUCCCUAAAAAUCCCCUAAAAUAUCCCGAAAAAAUCCCGGAAAAUCCCCUAAAAAUCUCCUAAAAAUUCUCAAAAAAUCCCCUGAAAAUUCCCGAAAAAAAUCCCUAAAAAUCCCCGAAAAAUCCCCUAAAAAUUCUCAAAAAAAUCCCCUAAAAAUUCCCGGGAAAAUCCCGAAAAAUUCCUGAAAAAUCCCCUAAAAAUUCCCCAAAAAUCCCCUAAAAAUCCCCUAAAAAUCCCAAAAAAAUCCCCAAAAAAUCCUCAAAAAAUUCUCAAAAAAUCCCUUAAAAAUCCCCUAAAAAUGUCCUAAAAACCCCGAAAAAUCCCAAAAAAUACCCAAAAAAUCCCCUAAAACCCCCCUAAAAAUUCCCAAAAUAUCCCCUAAAAAUCCCAAAAAAUCCCCUAAAAAUCCCCUAAAAAUCCCCAGAAAUCCCCUAAAAAUCCCCUAAAAAUCCGCUGUCCCCGGGGCUGGAUUUGGGGUCAUCCCCACCCGGAAUUCCCUGGGAUCCCAAACCCAUCCAGGUUUUAUUGGGGUCGGGGUGGCCUCGGAAUGUGGGGGACAGGAAGGGACGAGGUGGGGGAGGUGGCCCGGCUGUCCCCAGGCUGCUCUUGCGGCCACCUGGGUUGGGGACGUGUCCCCAAUGUCACCCGGGGUUGUGCAAAGGAUGUGGCUUCCUGCAGAGCCGGCCCCGAGAGGCCCCGGGGGCGAGGAAAGCACAAAAAACCCCAAAAACGCCCCAAAAAACCCCAAAAACUGGAGGUGAAUUUAAAAAAAAAAACCCCAAAGAGCGAAAAGAUCCCAAAAUAAUUUGGGGGGAGAGGGAGCUGAAAUCCCAUCCCGGUCCCAUCCUGAUUGGUCCAUGAUCCCAGGGGUGAUCCCAGGUACCCUUGGGUAUUCCCAGGGAUUCUCUGGGAAUUCCAGCCCAGCCAGGAAUUCCUUCCCGGAUCCCAAAAUCCCUAAAUCCCCAAAUCCCAACCCUCUGGUUGUUCCCUGUGCUGCCAUUCCAGGCCCUUUUCCCAAAUCCCUCUCCAGCUUUCCUGGAUUUGAUCCAGCCCCAUCCCAACUUCUCUCUGGGAUGGAAUUUUGGGAUCCAGGGGUUUCCCUGGGAAUUGGGGACUCCAGGCAGGGUCUCCCUUCCCUUUUCCAUCCCCAAAUCCCAGAAAAAUCCCUUGGGAUGAAUCCUGAGUGUCCUUGAUCCCAGAAUCCUGGAAUGGUUUGGGAUGGGAUCCAUGGACCUUCAAUCCCAUCCCAUUCCCACCAUCCCAGGCUGAUCCAAACCCACCCUUGGACACUGCCAGGAAUUCUCUGGGAAUCCCAGCCCAGCCAGGAAUUCCUUCCCAAGAUCCCACCAUCCCAAGCUCCCCUUUCCCACUGGAAGCCAUUCCCUGGCUCCUGCCCCUCAAGCCCUUGCCCAAA